AUGAUGUCGGAAACACUUUUUUCUCUGGAGCAAUCUGUGAAUAAUGCUGGGAAUCAACUGACUACAUUGGCAUCGAAAUUAGGAAAUGUUGAGAAGAAUUUACUACCUGAUCCUACACAAAUUGAGACUACUGCUGAGCCUGUUAACAUUCCAGUGUUAGAACUACUCGAAUCUGUGUCAGAUGUAACAAACGAAUAUGAGACUUUAAGACGAGAUUUAAGUGAAAUGAAUCAUCUACAAAAAGAAAUGACAUCAAAUUUAAGGUACCAAGUACGCAUUAUGAAUCAAACAUUCAAUUUAUUAAAACAGCGCAUAGAAGCGAAAAAUCUUCAACCUCAUAUUCAAGCUGAGUUUGCCCAUAACCAAAAGCUUUUACAGCGACAAAGAUCACAAUUAUCAUUACCAACAAGCACCACAAUGCUUUAUCAUAGUCACUCUAAAUAA